GUUGCCGUGUUUACAUGAAUUAUAAAGGUAAUAUAUAGUAUUGCUUGAUUCCGCAUCAUAUAUUUUUAUUUUUUAUGGCGAUAAAGAAAAGACAAGGUUGUGUUAGAUUACGGUAUUUUGAAAUCUCCGAACACGAGUAAAACGCCGUUAUAUGAAUAAUUACAAAGAAGAUAUAAUUUUCGAAAAAGCAUGAGAAUUGUAAUGAAUAACGUUACAUCAAACAAAGAAGUUUAAACUAUGCUGAGCAUUACCGCAUAAAAACGAGUAACAGAACGAGUGGUAAGGAUCUCGCAUGCGUGAAGAUUAAGCCGGCUUUAACGAACAAGAUGAUUGAAACCGACAAAAAGGGAUACAAUGAACUGCUAAACCAACGAAUGCUCCUGGCGACCAUCUCGAGUGUAACGCUGCAAUUUUUUCUCGUCUGCUGCCUUGUUUUGUUCGCAAAUCUAAGCAUGGAUUAUACGCUCUGGCUUCAAGAAACAUGGACAACCGUAACAUCGUUACGAAUGUGGGUUUAUCUCGCCAUUCUCACCACGGUGACCUGCGUACAGGCAUUUCUGUGCAGAAAAAUUUAUUCGCACACCCCUCCAUACUACAAGAGCAGAUUUAGCAGACUAUGUGCAACGCUUACGAUACAAAACUUAUUUCUGGAAGCAUUGCAUAUCGUAAUUGGUGGUAUCUUGGUCUGGUUGCACUUGUCACUGAAAGGAGGAAAAUACAGUUCUUCGAUUACAGAUUGCAAUAUCACAUAUGGAACAUGCUUGGUAGAGGAGUACUAUUUCUUGUUAUUCAGUGGCUUGUGGAGUGGCUUGUAUUUUUCUGUUAAGAACAAAGACUUUGCUGGGAAAUAUUUUCCAUUUCCCAUUACAGCGCAGUCCAAGUUUCUGCGUCUGAAGCAAAGAAUUUAUGCUAUACUGCCGAAGUUGAUGGUUUCCUCUAUGUGGUCGACUAUAUAUUACACAACUGUUUAUUAUUUUCUGGGAUCUUACUGCCGUGCGGCAUUAUUGUCAGUGAUUUUUGUGCAAACAGAAGUGGAACCUUUAGAUACUGUGUCCAGAUUGCUAAAUCUGACAUUGAUAUCACAAUUAUGGCUUCAUCAAUUUAUAUUUAUACUGACGAUAAGCAGCAUCUACUUGUUAUUCGAAGUAUACUUGACUGAAUGGGUUCCAUUUAAAUUCGAUUACAGUGGUGCGUACAGUAUAGAUUCUACAGAAUUAACUCUCAUCGCUACAUUAUCAAUGGAUAAAAUACCGAUAAUGCAACACCUGGGUUACUUGGAUCUAGUUACCUUAGCUCAAAAAGAAAAAAUGAGAAGAGAUGUGUUGUUUACACUCAGUCAACCAGGUGGUCAUCCGUACAACUGGAAUUGUGUAGUAGAAAAAUGCACAAAUCUUCUUAAGAAAUUUUCAUCCGAUCUCAAUGGUAUAAUGAUAAAACCUCAAGACCAACCAUUCUGCUAUGGUACAAGUGUAUUGAAAGGAACGAUUGCACCUGCUCGACAAAAGGAUUAUGCAUAUCACAUGCGGAAAUUAAUACCCGACAUAGCACCAACGAUAGUAGCAGAAACAGAUACAAAGGAAGCUCCUUAUAGCGGUUCAUCUGUUCAAAAGUUCAUUAAACAAAAACGAGAUGCUUUUGUAAUCUAUUUGUUUUCCAAGCCACUUAUUAAUUACAUCUUUGGCGAACAAGAUGAUAAUAAAAUUCGUUAUGUUUUACUCAAUGGACAACCGGUUAUUUGGGCUGCCGAGGCUAUUUCAUCUUUAACGGUGUUUUCGUUGAGCGAAGAUUCUUACGGCAUUGUACAAAAAGAUGUACCAAUCAUCAUCAAUAGUCUGUUGUCAGUGAAACAGGCUCUGGAUAAACUGCAAAAGUCAACUAUAUUAGUAAGGAAAGUGCAAAUGGACGAUAAAUUGAGUAGGGAAAUUUUUGCCUCUUUACGAAGUGCGAUCAAGCGUAGUCUGUAUAGAAUUGUUACAAACUUUGAACCAUAUAUUAAUGAUUUAUCACUUGAACCUAUGAUAAUAGAACAACUGCAAAGCUUUCUUAAUUACAGGGAAUAGUUUGGAAAUAAUAAUAAUAUGGCAAAGUGUUCUUAUAUCAAAUGAUAGACGUGCCAAAAAAAAAAAACGCUCGUCAAGUUGCAUGAAAGAGAGAUUACUUCUUACUAAUGACAACUUUCUACUUCAAAUUACACAUUUACAUACAUUAAACACAAAUCAUAUUUUAUACUUUAAUAUUCACGAGAGAAAAUAAAACAUUGUAUUAAAAAGAAAAAAGAUAUGCUUAAAAAUAUCUGUAUUGAAAUGUGAUGUUGAAGAAAUUUUAGUUUAUUAAGGUAUUUAUAUGAAAAGAGAAAUGCGACGGCAAAAGUAUCACGAUGUUUCCAGUAUCAAUUUAUAAUAUAUAUUUUUUUGAAUAAGCGAAUAAAUCGAUUUUUUUUCGACAAACCUAAAAAUCUGUACUAUAUGUUAAU